CAACCAACUUCAGUCCAGCUCAGUAUCAGCUAGCAAGUACACGUGUAAAAUAUAAACCUGAAAAAUUAUACGUUAAAAUAUUCAGUUUACCGCCGGUUUUUGCCCCCUCAGACUGUUAAAAAAUAACUCGGUUUUUUUACCAACUAUUUUUUUUGUGGAAAAUCUUUUCCUCCAACGGGUUUUCAACCAUUGAUUCUUGACAGUCUCUGCCAAGAUGCGUGAAAUCGUGCACAUUCAGGCCGGUCAGUGCGGUAACCAGAUCGGUGGUAAAUUCUGGGAGGUUAUCUCAGAUGAGCAUUGCAUAGAUGCGACCGGAACGUAUUACGGCGACAGUGACUUGCAGUUGGAGCGCAUCAAUGUGUACUACAAUGAAGCCACCGGUGCGAAAUAUGUUCCAAGGGCCAUCCUGGUGGACCUCGAACCCGGCACCAUGGAUUCGGUGCGUUCCGGCGCCUUUGGCCAGAUCUUCCGACCGGACAACUUUGUCUUCGGUCAGUCGGGAGCCGGUAACAACUGGGCCAAGGGUCACUACACGGAGGGCGCCGAGCUGGUGGACUCUGUCCUGGAUGUGGUGCGAAAGGAGUCGGAAGGCUGUGAUUGCCUGCAGGGUUUCCAGCUGACCCACUCGCUGGGUGGCGGCACCGGCUCCGGAAUGGGAACCCUGCUGAUUUCCAAAAUCCGCGAGGAGUACCCCGACCGCAUCAUGAACACCUUCUCGGUGGUGCCCUCGCCCAAGGUGUCGGAUACCGUGGUGGAGCCCUACAACGCCACCCUGAGUGUCCACCAGUUGGUGGAGAACACCGAUGAGACGUACUGCAUCGACAACGAGGCGUUGUACGACAUCUGCUUCCGCACCCUGAAGCUGACCACGCCCACCUAUGGUGACCUGAACCACCUGGUUUCGGCCACCAUGUCGGGGGUCACGACCUGCCUGCGAUUCCCGGGCCAGCUGAACGCCGAUCUGCGCAAGCUGGCGGUGAACAUGGUGCCCUUCCCGCGGCUGCACUUCUUCAUGCCCGGCUUCGCGCCCCUCACCUCCCGCGGAUCCCAGCAGUACCGGGCCCUGACAGUUCCCGAGUUGACCCAGCAGAUGUUCGAUGCCAAGAACAUGAUGGCCGCCUGCGAUCCGCGUCAUGGUCGCUACCUGACCGUCGCCGCCAUCUUCCGGGGUCGCAUGUCCAUGAAGGAGGUGGACGAGCAGAUGCUGAAUAUCCAGAACAAGAACAGCAGCUUCUUUGUCGAGUGGAUCCCGAAUAAUUGCAAGACGGCGGUGUGCGAUAUUCCUCCGAGGGGUCUCAAGAUGUCGGCCACCUUCAUCGGCAACUCGACGGCCAUUCAGGAGCUCUUCAAGCGAGUUUCGGAACAGUUUACCGCGAUGUUCAGGCGGAAGGCCUUCUUGCAUUGGUACACCGGCGAGGGAAUGGACGAGAUGGAGUUCACGGAGGCCGAGAGCAACAUGAACGACCUGGUUUCCGAGUACCAGCAGUACCAGGAGGCCACCGCCGACGAGGAGGGCGAGUUCGACGAGGACGAAGAGGGUGGCGGCGAUGAGUAAAGGAGUUAAUUUCCCUACAUCUACAUGGAACACGAAUCCCCAACGAUAAACGAUCCCAAUAGCUAGCGGACGACCACUGAUUAUAUAUAAUAUCGAACACAAUCUACUGUUUCUUCGGCUAGCACCAUUCCCAUACAAAGCCCUGUCGAUUGUACAUAUUUCCUAUUUGGAUGUUUCGAGAUUUUACCCAUUUACAUAAACCCAGACUUUCCAAAUGUUAAUCUCCUGUUGCAAUUGCUGUGAAUUCUAGGUUAACAAGCCUGUUCGUUUAUAAAUCAUAUACAUCGUAAAACUAA